ACAAUUCCAGUUUACAUAAACCCUAAUGCCAAAACCCUUUUCCAUCGCUCACACUCAACAAGAUGAGGCCUCCCAGGGGACGCGGUGGCGGAGGGUUUAGGGGUGGCCGAGACGGCGGCGGACGUGGCUUUCGAGGAGGAGGUAGAGGCCGUUUCGGUCCUCGCGACGAAGGCCCUCCUUCUGAAGUCAUUGAGGUUUCGACAUUUGUUAAUGCUUGCGAGGGCGAUGCGGUGACGAAGCUGUCUCAGGAGAAAAUACCCUACUUCAAUGCUCCAAUUUACCUUGAGAACAAGACGCAGAUUGGCAAAGUCGAUGAAAUCUUCGGUCCCAUCAAUGAGUCUUUCUUUUCGAUUAAGAUGAUGGAGGGCAUCGUUGCGACGUCGUAUUCUGCCGGAGAUAAAUUCUUCAUUGAUCCAGCUAAGCUCUUGCCACUCGCCAGAUUUCUUCCCCAGCCUAAGGGACAAGGGCAAUCUGCUAGAGGUGGACGUGGGGGAGGAAGAGGUGGUGGAAGAGGGGGAAGAGGUGGUGGAGGAGGAUUCCGUGGAAGGGGUGCUCCCAGAGGUGGUAGAGGUGGUGGAUUUAGGGGUGGUAGUCGCGGUGGCGGCAGUAGUUUCAGGGGCAGAGGAAGAUAUUAGAUGUCAUGGCUCUUCAUGCUUCCCCUAUCAGUCAACAAGCAUGUCAUGGCUUAUUGUUUGGUUAGGGGUGUAAUCUUUGUGGAAAAGAAUAGGGUGGUUUCAUUAAUAUCCUAGUUCUGUAUCUCUUAAACGAAUCUCUUCUUUUUAUCACAAUUUCUGUUUUGUUUCCCUA